UCAGGGCCCGCCCUUCAAGAGGCGUCACUCCCGCAGCCUCCACCCUAGGCAUGGCGCUGUGUGACCUCCCGGAACUCACUCUGCUGCUGCUGCUGCUGCCGCUGCUGGCACGGCUCUCAGCCGGGGACUGCCCGUGCUCCGAGGCUGCUCUCUGCCGACCGAUCCGCCAUCACCCCGACUUCGAGGUCUUCAUAUUUGAUGUUGGACAGAAAACCUGGAAAUCUUAUGACUGGUCACAGAUUACAACUGUGGCAGCUUUUGGAAAAUAUGACCCAGAACUUCUGUGCUAUGCUCAUUCAAAAGGAGCCAGGGUAGUGCUAAAAGGUGAUGUGUCCCUGAAGGAUAUCAUCGAUCCUACCUUCAGAGCAUCAUGGAUAGCUCAAAAAGUUAAUUUAGCCAAAACACAAUAUAUGGAUGGAAUUAAUAUAGACAUAGAACAAGAAGUUAGUUGCUCAUCACCUGAAUAUGAAGCAUUGACAGCUUUGGUCAAAGAAACCACAGAGUGUUUCCAUCUUGAGAUUGAGGGCUCACAGGUAACCUUUGAUGUAGCUUGGUCACCAAAGGGCAUAGACAAAAGGUGCUAUAAUUACACUGCGAUUGCAGACGCCUGUGACUUUCUUUUUGUGAUGUCUUACGAUGAGCAAAGUCAGAUCUGGUCAGAAUGUAUUGCAGCUGCCAAUGCUCCCUACAAUCAGACAUUAACUGGAUAUGCUGACUACAUCAAGAUGGGCAUUAGCCCUAAGAAACUUGUAAUGGGUGUUCCCUGGUAUGGCUAUGAUUACAUUUGCCUAAAUCUCUCAAAGGGUGAUAUCUGCACCAUUGCAAAGGUCCCUUUCAGGGGGGCUCCUUGCAGUGAUGCUGCAGGACAUCAGGUGCCCUACAAGGUGAUCAUGAAGCAAGUAAACACUUCUGUUUCUGGAAGCCGGUGGAAUAAAGACCAGCAAGCUCCUUAUUACAACUACAAGGAUCCUGCUGGCCGUUUCCAUCAAGUGUGGUAUGAUAACCCACAGAGCAUCUCACUAAAGGCAGCGUAUGUCAAACACUACGGCUUGCGGGGCAUUGGCAUGUGGAACGCAAACUGUCUUGACUACUCAGACGGUUCUCUAGCCAGAGAGCAGACAGAAGAAAUGUGGGGAGCCUUAAAGCCAAGGCUGGGAUAGAGGGGGCCUCUUUUGUACAUUUGUAGGACUGGUCUGGAUAAGUACGUCUACCUUCCUGAAGAGAGAAAAAUGUAUAUACUUUUGCUAUGUUGCCAUAACUUACUUAUUGGUAUACUCAAUCACACAGGUAAGAAACACAGAAAUUUUUCAUCUGUGUUUGAAAAAUACAUAUAUAUCUUAGAUCUCCAGGAAGAUAAAAGCAAGAAACAAGUCAAUUUACUCUAUUAAAUAUUCCUCCAUGUUUCAGUAUUAUAAUUAGAAAAGUUGUUUUCAAAAUUUCAUGCUCAAUUUUCCCUCCUGUUAUUGAAAUAUACUGUUAAAAAUCAAUAUAGAUUUUAAAAAUAUGUAUAACUAGUAGACAAGUAAAGAUAAUGAGGAAGAGAGUGCAUAUGACCACAGUAUGUUACACACAUGCAUAGAAUAUUAUAAUAAAGCCUAUUAUUUUUAUAAUUAAUAUAUGCUAAUAAAAGACUGAAAAGAACUAUGUG